CUUCCCCUUUAAGUGUUGUUGGCUGGAGCUGCAAAGGAAGUGAAGUGUCAAUGCGAGUCUUGCCUACACAGAAAGAACCCCAGCCCCGCUCCUUUGAUGAACAACAACCCAAAACUGCUCUAAACUGGCCAGCUAGCCCCAGCCCCAGGCCCAGCCCAGCGGCAUAGAACAAGUUCCAAACUGAGAAGGUGGUGCCUGCCUGUAGGGGAGCUGGGGGGCUGGAGGAGUGCUGGUGUCAUGGUGAACAAUGUUCCGGAAGGUCAAAAAGCAUCACAGCAGCAGCAGCUCCCAAAGCAGUGAGAUCAGUACCAAGAGCAAGUCUGUAGACUCUAGUUUGGGAGGUCUCUCCAGGGCCAGUACUAUAGCCAGCCUCGACACAGUCUCCACCAAGAGCUCAGGUAACAGUGCUGCGUCAGAGACAUGUGCUGAGUUCAGAGUGAAGUACGUGGGAGCCAUUGAGAAGCUGCAGUUUGAGAUUAGUAAAACUCUUCAGGAGCCUCUGGAGCUCAUCAACUACAUAGAUGCAGCUCAGCAAGAUGGAAAGCUGCCGUUUGUGCCAGGAGAUGAGGAGAUGGUCCUGGGAGUGUCCAAGUACGGAGUCAAAGUGGCCUCCAUGGAUCAGUGUGACGUUCUGCACCGCCACCCUCUCUACCUGAUUGUGAGGAUGCUGUGUUAUGAUGACGGCCUGGGGGCUGGGAAGAACCUGCUGGCUCUCGAGACUACCGACGCCAAGCAGCAGGAGUGUAGCAUCUGGUUGUACCAGUGCAGCAGUGCGGAACAAGCCCAGGUGUUGUCCGCCUCCCUCCACUGCGUGCUGACAUCAGAGAAGUCCUGAAGGGAAGUUGCCCUAAGGGACGUGGUGGAGACGGGCAGCACAGAAGUUGCCCUCCUCACGUGGUGGAGACAGGCAACACCAUGAACCAAUCGGGAGCCUGGAAACCAUAGUUUACAGCAGGGUCACAUCAGUGGCGUAGCACAGUUUUGUGGGGGUCCGAUGCAAGGCCCCCCCAACCCCAGACAUGGGACAGAGAGAAAAAUGUGCAGUUGUAUAGCUAAUCUCAUGCUAUUUUACACAUUUUGCCAUGAGGCUGAGAGAAAAUGUUUGUCCAAGUGUUUAAAGGCCUUGAUUGUUUAAUUUUAAAAAUAAUUAUAAUUAUAUUUUUAUUCACAAUGAAUGAAAGAUAAAAUGUAAAGACAUUGUUGAUUGUUUAAUUCUAACAUUCGAUUAUUCAAAUAUGUAAUACAAAUCUCCAAAAUUA